UGUUCUAUAAAAAACACCCUAUCCCCUGGCCGCUACUCUACUCUUCACCCGUAAAGCUCUCUUCUUUCCCCCACACUCGCCUUUGCUCUUGCAGAUUUCGGAGAGAAACACUGAAACAGGGAAGGAAAGAUGCAGGGGAAGGAGGAAGACGUUAGCUUGGGAGCGAACAAGUUCCCUGAAAGGCAACCAAUAGGAACGGCAGCGCAGUCGGAGGAGAAGGACUACAAGGAACCGCCGGCGGCGCCUUUAUACGAGCCCGGGGAGCUUAGGUCUUGGUCCUUCUACAGAGCUGGAAUAGCAGAGUUCGUGGCCACUUUCCUCUUUCUGUAUAUCACUAUACUGACUGUGAUGGGAGUGGUCAGCUCGAACAAUAGGUGUAAAACAGUGGGGAUUCAAGGGAUCGCUUGGGCUUUUGGUGGAAUGAUCUUUGCUUUGGUUUACUGUACUGCGGGGAUUUCAGGAGGACACAUCAACCCAGCAGUGACUUUCGGGCUCUUCCUGGCUCGGAAGCUCUCCCUCACUAGAGCUCUUUACUACAUGGUGAUGCAAUGCCUCGGCGCCAUUUGUGGUGCUGGUGUGGUUAAGGGCUUCAAGAAGGGCAUCUACAUGGCAAACAAUGGCGGGACAAACACUGUGAGCCCAGGGUACAGUAAGGGCGACGGCCUCGGCGCCGAGAUAGUUGGCACCUUUGUUCUCGUCUACACUGUCUUGUCUGCCACUGAUGCUAAGAGGAAUGCCAGAGACUCUCAUGUCCCUAUCCUUGCACCACUUCCAAUUGGAUUUGCUGUCUUCCUUGUUCACUUGGCCACAAUUCCAAUAACAGGAACUGGAAUCAACCCAGCCAGAAGCCUUGGAGCUGCUAUAAUCUACAACAGAUCCCAUGCUUGGGAUGAUCAGUGGAUCUUCUGGGUUGGACCAUUCAUCGGAGCUGCACUUGCUUCUAUAUAUCACCAGGUUGUCAUAAGAGCGAUUCCAUUCAAGAGCAGGCGUUGAUUCUUCAUAUGAAGCUGCAACUUCUAUCCAUUUCUGCCAUGUGAGCCUUUUUUUCUCUUAUUUGUCUCCUUCUCUCCUUUCUGUGGUGUAUUGAAGCUAUGCUUCUUGCUUAUCUGCUCUGUAAAUUAUUAUGGCAAUGUUUGUGGACCAGCUUUAUGGUGUUUGAAGUGUUGUUCUUAUCUUCUUAUCUUUAGCA